CCACUCCUCACCCCCCCCACUCCUCACCCCCCCACUCCCCCCCCACUCCUCACCCCCCCACUCCCCCCCCCACUCCUCACCCCCCCACUCCCCCCCCACUCCUCACCCCCCCACUCCCCCCCCACUCCUCCCUCACCCCCCCCACAACCCCCCCACUCCUCACCCCCCCCACAACCCCCCCCACUCCUCACCCCCCACUCCUCACCCCCCCCACUCCUCACCCCCCCCCACAACCCCCCCACUCCUCACCCCCCCCACAUCCCCCCCCACUCCUCACCCCCCCCACAACCCCCCCACAACCCCCCACAACCCCCCCCACAACCCCCCCACUCCUCACCCCCCCACAACCCCCCCACUCCUCACCCCCCCCACAACCCCCCACUCCUCACCCCCCCACUCCUCACCCCCCACUCCUCACCCCCCCACAACCCCCCCACCCUCACCCCCCACUCCUCACCCCCCCCACAACCCCCCACUCCUCACCCCCCCACAACCCCCCCACUCCUCACCCCCCCACUCCUCACCCCCCCACAACCCCCCACUCCUCACCCCCCCACUCCUCACCCCCCCACUCCUCACCCCCCCCACACCCCCCUCCCCCCCACUCCUCACCCCCCCACUCCUCACCCCCCCUCCUCACCCCCCCCACAACCCCCCCACUCCUCACCCCCCACUCCUCACCCCCCCCACAACCCCCCCACUCCUCACCCCCCCACUCCUCACCCCCCCCACAACCCCCCCACUCCUCACCCCCCCACUCCUCACCCCCCCACUCCUCACCCCCCCCACAACCCCCCCACUCCUCACCCCCCCACUCCUCACCCCCCC